AUGCUGUAUCGAAUCCCAUGCGUCUGUAUUAGCGCCGACCGGUGCGGCGACGACCGAGCCGCCGCGUGCCGCGACUGUGACAGUGAUCGAGCCGCAAGUGCUUCUCCUGUCGCUCUCCGUGCUCCAGUCACGCGUGUCGCAUCUGCAGGUCCUCCUGGGGAUGCUCGCUCAG